UCUGACUCUGUCUAAAUGCGCCAGAAGUUACGCAGGUCGGCCUCUGUGCUGUAAUUCCCAGUCAGCAUUCACCAGUAGCUCUGAGCAACACAAACAAACUGCUUGCGGACUGAGUGUCCGAUUGUAAACCACUCGGUUGUAUCUAAUUGGAAGCUACCAUUUUUAUAUUCAGGUUCACUCAAGUUGACUUUUCAAUAGCAGUCAUUGUGACAAAUCCGUUAGCUUUGCUAGCCGCGUGAGCUAGCCGGCCAUUCCCUUUCUCCUGGCGUCACUUCCUACGUUUGAAAAUCGCGGCCAGAAAGUAACGAAGCAGAGAUGGAGCUACAAGUGGGAACUGAACCGAUGGCCCUGGGCUCCCCCACCUCUCCAAAGUCCACCCCUGGUGCUCAGUUUCUGCCCGGCUUCCUAAUGGGCGACCUGCCAGCUCCAGCUAGCCCCCAGCCCCGCCCCUUCAGCCUGGGCACGCCCCUUAUGGACAGCACAGGUACACCCCGAGGGGGUGGGUCGGCACCGCAGCCCGUGGUCCCCACCCCCAAAGAUAAGAGCGGAGCCCCACCUGUUCGGAGCAUUCAUGACGAGCUGGUUACCAUGACGACGCCCCUCAGCUCACACAGACAGUCUUUUCCAGUAAUGCAGUCUCCUUUGUCCACACGAGGGGCAUCAACUCCAGGUGUGCAACAGCUGUGCAUGUCGCCGGCUCAGGUGGAUCCUUUCUACAGUCAGGGAGAGUCUUUGUCGUCUGAGGAUCAGCUGGACCAGACUUGGGUCACAGUGUUUGGUUUUCCUCCAGCCUCAGCCUCAUACAUCCUGCUGCAGUUUGCACAGUACGGGAACAUCCUCAAACACACGAUGGCGUCUCCUGGCAACUGGAUGCACCUUCAGUAUCAGUCCAGACUUCAGGCCAGGAAAGCUCUGUCUAAAGAUGGGAAGGUGUUUGGUGACGCCAUCAUGGUGGGAGUCAAACCCUGCAUAGACAAGAGUGUGAUGGACGGCUGCGUAGCCGUCUCGUCUCCCAUGCGCUCCUCCUUCUCCUCCUCUGUCCUCCCCUCCACCCCUCGCUCCGCCAUCAGACCCCUCAGCGCCGCUUACAGGAGCUCCUGCAGCGACUACCAGGUGGUAGCAGACAGACAGACGCCAAGAAAGGACGACAGUUUGGUUUCCAAAGCGAUGGAGUACAUGUUCGGCUGGUGACAUUUUGCAAUGCAUCAUGGGAUAUCUGCAGCCUCGAAGGAGAACGUGGAAUCAAUGGAGCGAUGGAUGAACUGAUUCACUACCCUGAGCGUGCGUGAGAGAGAGCCUGAGAGUGUGUCUGCAGAGGUUGAGAAUCUUUUUGUCUUUUUAUAAUCGGUAUUUUUAAAUGUUUUGUCUCAAUAAAGUUUUUCUCUGGUUUGAAGUAAA